ACGUCACGGACAAGGGCCGCCAUUUUAACUGAGCAACCAUAGUGACAAGAGCCGAAGCAGCAGCUCAGGUUGUCCCCGUUCCCCCUCCCCCUUCCCGUCUCCGGCUGACUUCCCGGGUUCCCUACACUCCAGUCCCGAUCCCGCCAUGUCCCAGAAGCAAGAAGACGAGAACCCUGCGGAGGAGACCGGCGAGGAGAAGCAGGACACACAGGAGAAAGAAGGUAUUCUUCCUGAGAGAGCUGAGGAGGCAAAGCUAAAGGCCAAAUAUCCAAGCCUAGGACAAAAGCCUGGAGGCUCCGACUUCCUCAUGAAGAGACUCCAGAAAGGGCAAAAGUACUUUGACUCAGGAGACUACAACAUGGCCAAAGCCAAGAUGAAGAAUAAGCAGCUGCCAAGUGCAGGACCAGACAAGAACCUGGUGACUGGUGACCACAUCCCCACCCCACAGGAUCUGCCCCAGAGAAAGUCCUCCCUCGUCACCAGCAAGCUUGCGGGUGUGUUGCUUCUGAAUGUGUUGUGGAACAGUGGAAAGAGCACUGGCUUAGGAGUCAGGCUACCUGAUAUCUAGUUCCACUCAGUCUUGGCAGUACCAGUGAAUAACCUUGGGCAAGUUGGUUGGCUUCUCUGGAUUUCUGUUUCCUCAUCUUUAAAAUGGAGUUCAGUAUGUGUAAGAUUCAUUUUGAUUCUAAACUCCUGUACCUGCCAACAGAAAAACUAUAAAACUAAGUGAAGAAAGCCCAUGAGUGAGCCUCUGUUCUGUAAUCCUGGGAAAGUGCUCCAGAGGGGAGUCACUUGAAGUCUGCAUGGUGAAGGAGGAUGUUUGUGACUUUGAAGUCUAUCAAUUCAGGCAACAGAAUCUCAUAGGUAUCAUAGUUUUGAGGUUUUGAAAAACUUCUUAAGCUAGCCAUGGAGCCAGGCGCAGUGGCACACCUCAGCAGUAGGCUAAGACAGGAGGAUCCUGAGUUCAGGUCCCAUGUGGGCAACUUAAAAAGGGCUGGGGGUGUAGCUCUGAUAGAGCACCUCGAGAUUUGAUCCCUAAUACAUGGAAGCUUCUUGUCUGUGACAUGGCCCAUUUUCCUAGCCUCUGUCUGAAGCUUGGCCACCAAAAUGCUUCUCAGGCACCAGAACUGAGGAAACGUGUGUGGUCAUGUCCGUGUGGUGACCCUUGCUUCCUAUGUAAUCAAAUGCCAGGAGUGUUAGGGAAAGAGAAGGGGUAAACUGAGGGUUUUGUGCUGCUGCAGGGGUGCACAGCAGGUUCUUAGGACACAGCCUACCUUGGAGGAAGCAGGGGAAAAUGGUUGAGGCAGGAAGACUGAGAGAGCUGCCUUCCUAGAGCUUGGUAAACUAGCUCUUAUGUGAUAAGGUCAGUCAGGUGGAAGAAAGGGGUUGUAAUGGCUGGUAUCUGCAGUCUGGUUAUGCUAGUUUGGCCUGAAUCUUAGGAGUAUUUCCUACUAAUUGUGAUAAACAGGGCCAGGAUGAGAAGUAACUGUGAAAGAAAGCAAGAUUCUGUAAUCCUCUUGCCUUUCCAGCUCACAAAUGCUGACUGCCAGCUACUUGUCCAUUGCGAAUGACUGGCCAGCUUGUUGCUGGAGGGUGAGGGUGGGGGAGCAAGGUCUGUGUGUGUCCCGACUUCAGCUUUUGGGCUGUGGUUUAGAUUGGAUAGGAAAUGGUUGGUGAGGAAGGAACAGAGAGAGCAGGAUCCCUGGACUCCCUCCCCCACAUUCCUUGACUGUCAUUUGUAAUUGUAUAUAAUUUUUUGUGUUUCUUGCUCCAUUCCUUCAUGCUGUCAUCCUUAAUCUAAAGUCCAUGUGGGAAGGGGAAAAUGCCGAACAUCACUGUAUAGUUUCCUCAACUGUCCCAGCCAUGUUGUACAUAGAUAUGUCAUGUUAUUAUAUAUAUAAAUAUAUAUAUAAUUUUGUACGUUUUCUUCA